UGCCCGCAGGCGUGGGAGCGGCUGGAGAAGGCGGAGCACGGCCGGGAGCUGGCGCUGCGCUCGGAGCUGCUCCGGCAGCAGCACCUGGAGCAGCUGGCGGCGAGGUUCCACCGCAAGGCCGCCCUCAGGGAGACCUGGCUGGGGGACAACCAGCGCCUGGUGGCACAGGACAAUUUCGGGGGGUCCCUGGGGGGGGUCGAGGCCGCUCUGCGCAAACACGAGGCCAUCGAGAGCGACAUCGCCGCCUACGGCAGCCGCGUUCGCGCCGUCACCGCCGUGGCCGCCGAGCUGGAGGCCGAGCGCUAUCACGACAUGAGCGGUAUCGCGACACGGCGCGACCACGUGGUGUCGCUUUGGGAGGCGCUGCGGGCGCAGGUGGCGGCGAGGCGAGAGCGGCUCCGGGCGCACCUGGAGCUGCAGCGGCUCCUGCGCGACCUGGAGCACCUGAUGGGCUGGAUGGAGGAGAUGGAGGUGCGGCUGCAGUCGCGGGAUUUCGGGCAGCACCUGAGCCAGGUGGACGAUCUGCUGCAGAUCCACGCCCUGGUCGAGGGGGACGUGGCGGCUCAGGCCGAGAGGGUCCGGAGUGUGGGGGCGGCGGCCGAGCGCUUCCUCGGGGAGGGGGGCGGGUACCGCCCGUGCCCCCCGGAGCAGCUGCGGGCGCGGGUGGCGGCUCUGGAGCUGCGCUACCGGGGGCUCUCGGCGCUGUCGGCGCAGCGGCGGCUGCGGCUGGAGCGCUCCCGGCGCCUCUGGAAGUUCCUGUGGGAUGCGGGCGAGGAAGAGGCCUGGAUGCGAGAGCAGGAGCGGCUCCUGCGCUGCCCGGAGCUGGGCCGGGACCUGCCGGGGGCCCUGCGGAUGCUGAGCCAGCUCGAGGCCAUCCGAGGGGCGCUGGGGGGACGCGCGGGGCCGCUGGAGCAGCUGCUGGAGCGGGGCCGGGAGCUGCUGGCGCAGGGAGACCCUGACGGAACCGCCGGAUCCAUGGAAGCCACCCCUGGAUCAACGGGAUCCGCUGCCGGAUCGAUGGGAAGCGCGACACCCGCGGAAUCCGCUGCUGGAUCCACCGCCAAAUCCACGGAACCUCCCCCGGUACCCCCGGAAUCCAAGAGCGCAUCCCUGGGACGUGCUGCUGGACCCGUGGAGUCCACCCCUGGAUCCUCGGAGGGACUCUCGGCAUCCGCCUCCAGACCCUCGGAACCCGCUGUGGGAAGCCCAGAAGGCCCUGAGGGACCCCCGGGCCCCACUCCCGGCUGCCCGGACCCCGCGGCCGCCGUGUCCCGCCGGAUCCGGGAGCUGGAGUCGCUCUGGGCGGCGCUGCCGGCGCUGGCCGGGGCUCGGGAGCGGUUCGAGACGCUGGAGCCGGAGCUGGCGGCGCUGGCGGCGCGCGUGGCCUCCGUGGGCCGCGUCACGCAGGAGCUCCAGGGAUCCGGGGACAGGAACCGGGAGAGCGCCCGGGAAACCUGGGAGCAGCUCCGGGACAGGUGGGAGCGGUUCCGGGCGCUGACCGAGCGCAAGAAGGUGGCGCUGACCGCGGCGCUGAACAUCCACAAUUUCCGCCUGGAAUGCCACGAGACGCGGGGCUGGAUGCGGGAGAAGACGGCGGCGAUCGAGGCCACGCGGGCGCUGGGCCGGGACCUGGCGGGGAUCACGGCGCUGCAGGGGAAGCUGUCGGGGAUGGGGCGCGACCUGGACGCGAUCCAGGGAAAGCUGCGGGAGCUGCGGGCCGAGGGCGAGAAGCUGCAGGGGGAGCAGCCGGAGCGAGCGCCCGAGAUCCGCGAGGGGCUGGCGGGGCUCGAGGCCGAGUGGGACGCGCUGCGCCGGUGCCACCGGAGCCGCGAGGAGUCCCUGGGGCAGGCGCGGCGGCUCCAGGGCUUCUUGCGAGACCUGGCGGCGCUCCAGGCCUGGCUGUCCCGCACACGCGCGGCCGCGGGCUCCGAGGAUGUCCCCGCGUCCCUGGCCGAGGCCGAGGGCUCCCUGCGGCAGCACGAGAGCCUCCGCACCGAGAUUUCGCACUACGGCGCCGAUUACCGGAGCGCCCGCGCCGCCGGCCGGGAGGUGACGCGGGGACAGACGGACCCGCAGAGCCUGAGCCUGCUCCAGCGCCUGGAAACGCUGGACGCGGACUGGGAAGAGCUGGGCCGGGUGUGGGAGAAGCGGCAGCGGCUCCUGGCCCAGGCUGUCGCGUUCCACGUGUUCCUGCGGGACGCCAAGCAGGUGGAGGGAGCGCUGGGGAAGCAGGAGCACGCUCUGGCGCACACGGAGAUGCCGGGCACGGUGCCGGGCGCGGAGGCGGCCGUGCGGAGGCUGGAGGAGUUCCUGGCUGCGCUGGACACCGGAGCCGAGCGCGUCCGGGCGCUCACGGACACCGGGAAGAAGCUGCUGGACGAGGGCGGCGUCCACGCGGAAAAGGUGCGGGAGACGGUGGAGUCGGUGGAGAGCAGGCACCAGAAGAUCCGGGAAUCGGCCCAGGAGCUGCUGGGGCGGCUGCGGGAUAACUGGGAGCUGCAGAAAUUCCUGCAGGAUGGGCAGGAGCUGACGCUGUGGCUGAACGAGAAGCUGCCGGUGGCUCGGGACGUGUCCUACGAGGGCACGCGGGACCUGCAGGGCAAGUGGCAGAAGCACCAGGCCUUCGCCGCCGAGCUCGCGGCCAACCGGGCCUGGCUGGAGGCACUGGAGAAGCUGCUGGAGACGCAGGCGGCGCUGCGGGAGCAGGAGGUGGGGGCGCUGCGGGCGGAGGCCGGGGGGCUCAGCCCGGGGCACCCCCGGAGCGCGGGGGUGCAGGAGCAGGUGCGGGAGCUGGAGCAGCAGUUCCGGGAGCUGCGGGAGCCGCUGCAGGAGCGCGGCCGGAGCCUCGCGGCCGCCAGGGAACUGCACCAGUUCCGCAGGGACCUGGAGGACGAGCUGCUGUGGGUGCAGGAGCGCCAGGCCCUGGCCAUGUCCACGGACCACGGGAAGGACCUGCCCUCGGUGCAGCUGCUGCUCCAGAAGAACGAGGGGAUCUAUAGGGGUCAAGGAGGGUCAGAGGGUAUCUAUGGGAGGCCUUUGGGGGUCCACAGGGUCUGUGAGUGGCUUGGAGGGGUCAAGGCCACCCAAAGGACCUGCUGGGGGUCUCUGGGGGGUGGGGACACCCCGGUGACCCCCGUGUCCCCUCCGUGGUGUCCCCAGGACGAGCCGGGUGCCCAGGCCAUGCUGAGCCGGCACCUGGGGCUGGAGCAGGAGCUGCGCGACUACGGCGGCACCGUGGAGCUGCUGGCCGAGCAGGGCCGGGCCAUGGCGGCCAGCGGCCACCCCGACGGCGAGCGGCUCCGUGCCCGCGCGGCGCAGGUGCAGCGUCUCUACGCGGGGCUGUGUCACCUGGCCGGGGAGCGCAGGGCCACCCUGCAGGGCCACCACCGCCUGUGCCAGCUGCGCCGCGACCUCGAUGACCUGGAGCAGUGGAUCUCAGAGCGAGAGGUGGUGGCGGCGUCCCGGGAGCUGGGGCAGGACUUCGAGCACGUCACGCUGUCCAGGAGGCUGCAGGACGCCUGUCACACCUGUCACACCUGUCCCCAGGUGACAGCCGUCCAGGAGGCCGCAGGACGCCUGGCCGCAGCGUACGCAGGCCCGCGGGCGGAGGAGCUGCGGGCGCAGGAGGGCGCGGUGGCCGCGGCCUGGGCCGAGCUCCGCGGGCGCUGCCAGCGCCGCCGCCGCCUGCUCGGGGACACCGUGGAGCAGUUCCGGUUCCUCCGCGCCGCCCGCGACCUCCGGCUCUGGAUGGACGGGAUGCACCUGCAGCUGCAGGCCCGCGAGAGACCCAGGGAUGUCACCGCGGCCGAGCUGCUGAUCCAGCAGCACCAGGGGCUGCGGGCAGAGCUGGAGGCGCGCGAAGGCUCCUUCGGGGCCUGCGUGGCCGCGGCCACCGCGCUGCUGCAGCGUGGCCACCACGACGCCGACAAGCUGUCCCAGGAGCUGGCCGAGCUCCAGGAGCGCCGCAGGGACAUCGGGGAGCGCUGGCAGGACAAGCUGGAGUGGCUGCAGACUGGUGAGAACUGGGGGGACCACGUGUCCCCCUCGUGUCCCUUCAUGUCCCUCCGUGUCCCCUGCGCCAGCCUCAGGUGCUGCCCCCACCCAGAAGGUGCCACCUGAGGGGUCCCUGUGCCCCGUGUCCCCUCUCAGUG